UCCGGAAGCAGUUGGCUUGUCCUGUGACUGGAGCUAACUGGUGUUUUGCAGCACAGGUACAUUUUAAAGUUUAAUAGUCACAGUAGUUCUGGAGGAAAUUGGAAAAACAAUCAGCUUGGUCAAAAUUAAAAUGGCCACUUCUGAUUACGUUUUGCUCCAUACUGGACAGAAGAUGCCUCUCAUUGGGUUGGGGACAUGGAAAAGCGCACCUGGUGAGGUGAAAGCAGCUGUCUGGAAUGCUGUAAAGACAGGCUAUCGUCACAUAGACUGUGCUGCAGUGUACAACAAUGAAGCUGAAAUUGGAGAGUUUUUUAAAGAGAAUGUCGGUACUGAUAAGAUGAUAAGACGUGAAGAACUUUUUGUGACCUCCAAGUUGUGGAACACUAAACAUCAUCCUGAAGAUGUGGAAGUUUCCUGCUGCAAAUCCUUGGACGACCUGAAGCUCACUUAUCUGGAUUUGUACCUGAUUCACUGGCCUCAUGCUUUUGAACGAGGUGACAUUCCUUUUCCAAAGAAUCCUGAUGGCACAAUAAGAUAUGAUUUUAUUGAUUAUAAGGAAACUUGGAAAGCAAUGGAGACCCUAGUGAAAAAGGGCUUGGUUAAAGCUAUUGGACUCUCAAAUUUCAACAGUCAACAGAUAGAUGACAUUAUUUCAAUAGCUACUAUCAAACCUGCAGUAUUGCAGAUUGAAUGCCAUCCAUAUCUUGCCCAGAAUGAGCUGAUUGGACAUUGCCAGAAACAUGGAUUAGUGGUGACAGCAUACAGUCCUCUUGGUUCCUCUGAUCGGUUGUGGAAAGCACCAGAUGAACCAGUGUUACUUGCAGAUACCAACAUUAAAGCUAUAGCUGAAAAACAUGGGAAAUCCCCUGCUCAAGUUAUGCUCAGAUGGCAGGUACAACGUGGAGUGGUAGCCAUUCCCAAGAGUGUCAAUCCAGCACGAAUUGCCCAAAAUCUACAGGUGUUUGAUUUCACCUUGACUGAAGAUGAGAUGAAAAGAAUUGGAACUCUCAACAGAAACUGGCGUUACAUUGUGCCAAAAAUUAAAAUUGACAAUGAAUUUGUACACAGAGAUGCACAACAUCCCUAUUACCCUUUCAAUGAUCCAUAUUAAUGCUUCUGCCUGACGUGUUUGUAACAUUACAUGAAAAUCAACUUUUUAUUCUACUUGUAUGAUUCCAUAAAUAAAUAAUCUUCAGAACCAUUAUCAUAUUUUGUAGCUUUUUAGAUACUCAAUACUGAUUCUAUGUAGUGUUACUUUGAUAUGAAAUGUUUGAAACCAAAAUAGAGGAGAAAAGGAAACUGCUAUUCAAGUUUUCCUUGCCCUGAUUCCCUUUCUAUAAAAAGAACAGAUCUUGAUAGAGAAACAGUUUAUAUGACAUCGCCAUCCCUGUAAACAAAUAUCUUGACAAUGAAUCUUAGAAACUGGGGCUUUUGAUGGGGGAGUGGAUGAACAUCUUUGCCAUAUUAAGUAAUCACAAAUUAUUAUACCUCCCAUCAAAAUAUUAACUGUGCUCUUUGGGAAUGAAGAAAUUGUUUUUGCCAAUAUGGACUAUGACAUCACCCAGGAGCUGGUUUGAGAUGUACAUCCCUUUGUGAAUUUACUUUGUGCAACAUUAUUGUUAUCAUUACCAUGUAUCCUUGAGAUGCAGUGCCUCUCUAUAGCCAUUAACAUAGAUUUGUAAAUAGUUGACUCUUGCACUGGUCCCACGUAUCCUACUGGUGGUGGUUGUUGUUGUUGUCCAACUUAAAAAUUACACUUACCUAAAUAUUUUUCCGUUAGUUAUCCAUUCCUCUGUUCAUUUCUAUUUAUUUUGACCUGAAUACUUCAAUCUUGUGCAGUCGCCUUUAAUAAGCCAGCAAAUUGAAUACCUCUUGGAAAUUCAAAUAUGCUGCAUCCAUUGUUUCUCAUUUAUCCUCCCUGCUCAAAGAUAAAUUGUCAAACACUUUUUUUUUUCCCCUUUCUGGAAAUUGAGCAGGAUUAACAGUUUUGACUAUUUUCUAAAUGUCUUGCUACUAAUUCCUUUAAAUAAUGAAUUUCAGCAAUUUCCCAAUGACAGCUGUUAAGCAAACUGGUCGAUAGAUUCCCAAAAUCUGUUGUCUCCUUUUUCUGAAGUGUUGUUACAUUUGUGGUUUUCCAAUCCAUUAGGAUCUUUGCAGAAUUUUGAAACGUUACACUCAAAGAUCUACCACCUCUACAUCCACUUAUUUUAUGACUUUUGAAGGUGCAAGCACUGAGUGUGGUGGCCUUGAGCAUUGAUUCCCAUUAGUUUUCCUCAUAUUUUCCUUUAUGGUUAUGAAUGAUUGUUAUAACAUCUUCCCUCCUUGAUUCUAUACUACCUGCCAAACAAUGUUCCCUAUAAUUUAUUUCACUACUGCACAAACCUCCAAGGUCCAUGUGCAGCAAUGGGUUCUGAAAGCAGAAGCCAUUCACCUGCGUGCACAGAAAUCUCUGCAACAGCUGUGCAGCUGAGGGAAUAUUGCUUCUAACUGUGGUGAGUUUCCACUUGAUAUAGAAAAAACAAUGAACAACAUGAAGCCAUGUAUCCCAUUUGAGGCUAAACUGAUGGCUGAUUUGUGAUCCAACUCCAUGUACUACACAUAUACUUUGGGUGAGCACUCCUCAGUUGCAAAUUACUUGUAACUUGAAGUCCCAAAUGGAGAAAGAACUUUAACACUCAACCUACAUCACUAAGCAGUGCAUUAACAGGGAGACAGAUCAAUACUGAGCAAGUACAAGAAAGGUAAUGGCAUACAGAUUGGAUGGCUUUGAAAACUAAACUUCGAAAUAACAAACCUUGAUUUCAUAUUUAUUUUCCAUAAAAGAACCUGAAGUCUCUCUGAAAAAUAUUCUAUGAAACUGACUUCAAUUUCUAAAGAUUUUGGAUUGUUUAACAAUCUGAUUAUAAAUUCACUAACUGCUGAUUUCCUACUUUGUGCUGUAUUCUUUUAAAUAGAUGUAGUAAUGAAGUAGGUUUUUUGCUUCAAGUAUAAACACCUCGUCACAAGAUUCUAAUGCAUAUUAAUAAAAUUAUCUUUAAAAUAA